AUGCAUGCAGCGGAGGUCGUUUACUGCACCCCCCUCCCCACCUCAUCCCCUCUGUCUCUGCUUCUCUCACGUCGCCGUAGAUUGCCGCUCGUGGGUGGACUUCACACCGAAACCUUUAGUUUCCUUAAGAAACUGGUCCGUCUGAUUGCUGUCUCCUCCUAUCUGCCAUUUCCCUUUUCUGAUGCAUUUGCAGAACCUUCACCGUCUGCGACAGCCGCACAACAUGACACAGAGACCAGUGCAGACGGUAAGUUGAUUUUAACACUUUUUAGUCGAAUUGGCAUUACCCUGAGGGGCAAAGUUUUGGAAAAUAGUCUACAUUAUCAGGCUCUUGUUCGAACAGUUGAAUGCAUAUAAUACUGUGUGUACAAAUUCCGAACCCUCUAGAUUAAUUUAUGGAUUUUUCAAUCAAUUUGUGCGAUUCCCUCUUUUAACUUCUUAGUGCUUCAAUAGCUGGGCCGCUUGUAGUUUUUUGCGGGUGUCCUGUACGCCAAGUUAAUUGAAAACCACAAAUUUGCCACAUGGUUUUUAAACUAGGUAAAAAUUGCCGUGUUUAAAGGCCAUCAAAUCCUUACCAGAAUACCGUAAGUGCUAACGCAGUCCGUGUGACGUAGUCGGCAUGCAUACGCGGAUUGCACAAGAUAAACAGUAGUCAUCAGAUGUAAUUAUUUAAACCUACAAAGUCAAGUUAAAUAGUGAGCACCAGUGUAAUAUAACGCGCGACUUUUAUAAGUUACCGAGCAAUUUCCACCCCUUUCUCCUAUUUAAGGUAUUCUGCACUUGCGACAACGCUUCACGCUAGGCCGAUCACGAGAUAGUGGGAAAAUAACGUGUUAUUGUGUGUAUUGAUUAAUUUCGGGUCAUGUUCAUUCAAUAGUAGUAUUUCAAUUUAAUUUCAGUAGCAUUUUUUAUUUAGGGCGGAUUUCUGUCGGUUUGUACAGUUUUUGUUUUUCUCCUGAUCCCCAAAAAGACAGCAAAUUUUUCGCGCACUACCACCUCCACUUGAGACACGAUGGAAUAAAAACUCAUUCAAAUAAACAUGGAACUCUACACCCCCCCUCCCCCCAUUUACUGCCUCUCUUGCUCGUGUUAGGCAACUCCGUUGCCAGCACCCCGAUGGUUGUACGGGAUCCGACCUCGGUCUUCCAAUCCGCCACUUUGAGCUUUGGCGAUGGAAGCCAUUCAACUUCACUUGUCUCAGCUGAGGGCGCGGUCGAAUCGGCGCCACUAGCAGCAGCCGACUUCCUCUCCGGUAGAAGCCAUCUGGUGACAGCCAGCUGGGAUCGCCUCGGACGUCUGUACGAUCUCAACACGGGCCAGGAGGUGCACUCCCUGACGGGUCACGAUCACCAACUGACGGACGUGCGCUGCGCCGAGCAGUUACCCGUCGUGGUCACCUCUGCACGCGACAGCACCUUCCGUCUGUGGGAUUUUCGCACACCCCGUCUGCAGAUCCAUGUCCAGCAAGCGCACAGUCGGUCAGUGGCUUCUCUCUUCAUUCCCUUCCAUCCGUCUUAGCCACUGUUCUCUUACAUAUUUGUACUUUUUGCAGAGUCCAUCGGCUCACGCCGAUGGUCAGAUAAUUUCAGGAUGACGUGCCGGCGCCCGUCACGGACAAUAAACCCACCUCAGAAAGUGGUGUCUAAUCCUGUCCCCCUUCAUUACUUUUCCUGUACAGGACAGUGUCAACCGCGCAAUUCCUGCCCGGAUGCCCUCCGGAUCUUUUGAUCAGUGCCGGGACGGACCGUAUUUGCAGACUCUGGGAUCUACGCAAGUGUCGCUCCCCCCUCUUUACCCUCCGCACUGACGCCGGCAUCAACAGACUCGCUGUCCUUCAGGUACAUCUGCCCCAUCCCCUCCCCUUUCUUAUUGGCUGUGGGUUUAUAUACAUGCUUUAAGUUUGGACUUGCUCCUGAAAGGUCGCUAAAUCGGUUGGUUUAUCCAUAAGCGACGGGAAGACUAAGGCGUUUUCAAGCUGCAUCCCUGACCAAGAGAUGGCACCCCUCGGGAUUGAUAGCUGUCAACUUGAAGAAAUAGACAGUUUUAAAUACCUCGGAGCGAGUCUGCUGCCUAAUGGACAAAAGAAGACAUUGUCUCUCGAAUCGAUGCUGCCCACUGGGCUUUCUCAAGCCUUUGAAAAUGCCUAUGGAUCCGAAGUGACCUCUCCAUCACCACUAAGAUUCGCGUGUACCGUGCAUCUUUCCGGUCUGUCCUUCUCCACGGUUGUAAAUGCUGGGCUUUGCGCGUGGAGGACGAGCUAAAACUGGGGGUAUUUGACCACCACUGCUUGAGGACCAUCCUUCUAGUGAAGUUUACCGACUUCGUCUCAGAUGGGACAGUCGGCGCUCGUUACGACAACUUGGCAAGGGUAAGUCAGGCCAUCCAAGAAAGACGACUGAGGUGGUUCGGGCAUGUUGUUCGUCAUCCACCUCAGGAGCUCAGUGUUACUGCCCUCGAUCCGGCACCGUUGGCCCAUUGGAGGCGUCGAAGAUGGGGUCAGUUGAAAACCUGGCUGGACACAGUUCGUCGAGACACGGAGGUGGUUCUUGGACCCUCAGUAAUCGGUCUCUGUCGUUGGCGAAGGGAAUGGGUUGAGCUGUCCAGAUCUGCUGCCGCGGAUCGUCACGCGUGGAGAGGUACAGUUUGUGAAAUCAUCGAGUCCGGCUAGAUCAGGCAUGAUCGCAGCCGUAUCAAGUACAAGCAAAUUAGUAAGUGGCUCCUGAAAGCAAUGGGCGGAAUUCUUAAUUCCUUCUUUGUAUCUGCUGGUCUGAGAAAAAAUCGGCAUGAUUGGAUGUCCUCCCAACGACGGCAUACGGCACAUGUCUGCAGACGAUGCAUUCAAUGCCUAUCGACUUCGAUUCUGCGCACAAAAGUUCCAAGAACACGCAAAAGAGGAUACAAGCAUUCAGAGUUCCCUUACUGGGUGUGUUAGUGGUUUUCUGUUUAUCCUUCAUAGGUUCAAGGACGAGUUGAUAAAGCGACAUCGAAACCUUAAAUAAAGGGGGCCUUACUUCUCCUUAUGACUUGAGAUAUUUGAAAGCAAAAUUUUUUACGUAUUCAACUAAGACUAUAGUCCUAACCGGAUUCUUUUCGUGUUCGCCCUCAACCGGCUACUUCUGACCCACUAUUUGCAAUACUGACAGAAUAGCAUUGCUGAAGUAGACAGGGGAGACUGGAAUGGCCUUCUCGGAUUUGGUAGCCGUCAUCAGCCAGCCAUAUACAGUACAACGAGGUAUACAGCCCUCCGGGCUUAAACUCGCGACCUGUUGAUUGGAAGUCCGAUGCCCUAACCGUUGUUUAACGAGCUUGUUGUACUGUCGGUUACUAUCGGGCAUAUUAAAAAUGGCAGAGGGGCGCGCACCCAUCGCAAUACGGAAGUCACUCGUUCCCUUGUGCCUAGGGGCUCCAUCUCGAGCCUCGCCAAUCGGCGCACAGCGACGUGUAAUAUAAGGCUUAAGAUUCUCCACUCCCUAUUCGCAAGUGCUUCCACAUUUGGCCCCUGUUGACAUUCCCCUUCCUCCUUUUUGUAACCCUCAUUCAAGCAUGAUCGACGUUCUUUUUAUUAACUUCUUUUUGUAUUCCGACCUUGAGCUGGGAGCUGAGCUGAGCUCUAACAGUAACAAAGGAAUUCUUUGUCAAGGGCAUCCAUUUCUGAGGUUUGUGCUUUUUUAUUAUUACCUUAUUCUAUCAGUAGUACCGUAUAUACACCGAAACCUGUUUUGGCUUAUACGCAUGACGAAAUUUACCAAGAAUUCUACAGUACUCAACAUCGUACCAUAAAUUGGAGGAAAUGAAUUUUAUCAAACACAGACGCGUUCCAUGAAGAAUGAAUCGGACGGUACGGAACAGUCUCUCGGACUAGACAAACCAGAUGCCUUCGAAGGACAAGGGCAGCUGAAGAGAGACGUCCAGUCCGGCUCAUUGGGUACUCGACCAACGUCGGGGUGACAAAGGGAAACCGUUGGCCGUUAAAACACUGCUGGGCUGGAUGCUGCUUAGAUCCUCUCCUAGCAGGCAAAAACAGAACGGAGGCUGCAGUGGCCAUUUCUGGCUUGUUAGAUUUCUCCAACCAGGAGCCCCAAGGCACAGAGGGACGAACGAGUUCGGUAACGCGACUGGUGUGUGCCCCUUUACCAUUGUUUAUAUACCCAACCGCCACAGACAGGACAACGAGCCCGUGGCGCUGUGGUUAUGGCGCCGGACUUCUAGCCAACAGGUGGCGGAGUCGACGCAAAGACUUUCUCCGCACCAGAAAUGUCUUUUUUCUUUUAGUUCUUCUAGCUUUCUGCGUUCGUACCGCUGGUCAACUGCUUCCCUCCCCCCCAUUUUCUUUUUCAGUCUUGUGCGCUGUUGGAUGUCCGUCGGCGAACAUCCGUUCUCAGCACGGUCACGGAGACCAGCGCUACGGCCUCGGACUCUGUCGCGUCCACCGCGACUGCAGCAGCAGCAGGAGCCGCCGCAGCCGCCGCCGUCUCCCCUUCCUGCAUUUUCGCUCUUCCGCUGGACAACCGAACAGUUCGCUUUAUUGACAUCAGCGGAGCCCGCAUCGGCCGGAUUCCGCGAAGUAGCACUCAGGUUGGUCUCAGCACUGCCUUAGGUGCCCGCUAAUCUGUGCAACAUUGUCAGCCUUCUUGCUGUUAUUGGAGCAUACAGUCUAAAAAGAACCCCAUGGCACGAACACCUGUCGUAAACUGAUCGAUGGACGUCACCCCCUCCACCUAAUGGUAGAGCGUUGAACUACUUAACACACAAUAAUCAAAUAAUCUGGAUGCGGACUCCGGGUUCCCUAAAUCUGGGGUUGAGUACGGCUGACUGACAAGAGCUUUUAAGCUAGGAAUGGUCGUCCCGUCUCCCUUGUCUUUGUCGGUACUCCCGUAUUUGCAUGCAUAUAUAUAUAUAUAUAUAUAUCAAUCAGGAAUGGGUGCACACCGAUCUAUUGGCUUCACAAAGCAAACAAGCUCCGUAUGUGUGGCAAAGGUCACGAAUAGGCAACCAAUUACCAGGCCGAAGUCGGCCAAGUCAUAAUAGCAGCGAGGAGGGACGACAGAGAAUGCGGGUAGAUUGAUACAGCACUGUUUCGAGCUUAUUCUGCCUUCAUUCAGCCAAUCAUAACCCUGACCACCAGCAGCUGCGACCAGAAACACAAACAUGCGCACAGACGCACCUGGCGCAGUCGGUCCACCACUGAGGCCUACCAGAUGGGUCAUAAGCACUUCAUCGAACCGAAGUUCAUCAGUGCCUCGCCACCUGUCAUUCUCUGUCGCAUAUUUGCUUUGUGAAGCCAAUAGAUCGGUGUGCGCCCAUUCCUGAUUGAUAAAUACCCGAUCUGCAGCGACAGAGAAUGACAGGUGGUAAGGCACUGAUAAACUUCGGUUCGAUGAAGUGCUUAUGACCCAUCUGGUAAAUAUUCGAGGACCAGAUAUUGUAUUGCGUUCAUAAUCUCCAAAAAAAGACGGAGAAGAUAAGAGGGCGAAUUCAUGGAUCAAAGUGUUUUUGAAUCUACGUUUCGGAAGCUUCUUCGGUUCCAUCAUCCGAGGAGUGCGCUUGUUGCUCCUGCUGAUCUUGAGUUGUUCAGCCCUAUCGCUUGUCUCGUCAUGGAUAAGGCUGAGUGCUGCACAAAACUAGGCAACCUCUUGAUGGACAAGGAAGCUUAUGCGCCAUCGACUGUCAGCGACUUCAAAAAGCUAAUAAACAGCACAAACAAGACGAUCGGCAAGCUGAGGAAGGCGGGAGCUCCUACGAGAAGGGAAGCGUUGGCCGCAAAAGCCAGUGAUGCCGCGAUGAUGCGCUUCUACGGCCUACCAAAGGUCCACAAGCCGGAGUUGCCGCUAAACCCCAUAGUCUCUUUUCAUAGCACCUCAACCUUUGGGCUGUCAAAGGCCGCGAAUUCCUGGAAGCAGUGCACCCAGAUGAGGCACUCAGAAUCGGCAUAUCGACUUAGAUGUCACAUACAAAUUUCUCAAGGGAAAAUGGAAGCGAGCGUAGCCAAUGCCUAGGGGAUGACGAAAAACCAUUUAUUUGCAUUGGCUCAGGGUUCGGUCAACCAUAGAAUCACCUUUUCGACAUAGUUAUCUGUUUUUGUACGUAACCCAAAAGUCUGACGACGACCUGGGGAACCAGUAUCGAAAAUUUACUCAUUAAAGGUUAUUUUCUGCCCAAGGAAUCUUACUUAUUUUUAAUUAAAUCCCUUGGGAUGCCCGUUUUCCAGUACAUAUAUAUAUGCCAAUAAAUAUCUAACACGUGAAUUCCUCUAAGCCUGGCAUUUUGACACGACAAGCAUCAACCAUUUCUCAACCAUUCAACGUACAACCGCACAUCCCCAAUAGCUCUUUUGCGUACAAUUUCUUGACAUCGUCGUCAGGGUGUUCCCCGGCUUCGUUGGGAAAAAGUUUUAUUACCACCGGUCCUCUAUUACAGGUGACUAGGGUUUUUUUUACCUCAAGUGGGCUACAGAACCACAUCUGACCAAAAAAUAAUACUAUUUAAAUGGUUAUUUUUACGGAGUGUGGUUUUUGCAGACGGUAGGCAAGAAGUUAGUUCAAAAGCCAGCAUCCCAAAGUAAUUGAGAUAUCUUACGAUUAUGUUGCAUUGUACUUAGUAUUACAGCCCUACUUAAGUAACCUUUCCGAGUCAAAAACGUAUUUCAGAAUUGCGGUCAACAUUUCAUGAGUUAGGACGUCUACUAUACAGAAGGUGUAACUCACGUGACGCCAAGGAAGACUUCUCACAAAAGCUGAAUACUUUUAGAAGCCAUGCUUUUACCAUAUUUCCACUAAUUGUCCUGUGGUCAAGAUCCGUUCUUUGUCAUUUUACCAGACUUCUGAAGUCCGCUUCAUAGGCUGCUUACGACAUGCAGAUCGUUUUCGUAGACGCGCAAUCUCAACGCCCAUUAACGUAACGAACUAAAUGCCCCGAACCUUUCGGUUUUGUUCUAGGGACACACGCGAGCCAUCACAAGCGUAGCUUGGGCCGGAGCCGGUGCCUACGAUCUCUUCACAGCUGGGUUCGAUCACCAGCUGCUGGCCUGGCAACUGCAGAUGGCCUAG